CCGCCGCCCAUGUGGGCCCCCCGACCCCCAGCGAAGGCGGCUGCCAUAGGGGCCCCGGCACCCGGCCUCCCAGCCCUGCCGCUGCUGCUGCUGCUGCUGGUGGCCGCGCCGACGGGACGGGCAGAAUUCCUUUUGAUGUAGAAAACUAGGCUUGAAAGGGCCUUAAAAUCCCAUCUAACUGCUUGCCUUGUGACUCUUCCCUGCAACAUAACUUCAGAGUCAUUACCUAUCUGCUGUUGGAGCACCUCUCAUCACAGGAAACUUGAUACCUGACACCCAAGACAGGAUGUCCUGUCAUUGUAGACUUCCAGCUACUAGAAUGUUCUUCCAAUAAGAUAACCACUUAAGAGAGAGGAUCUUAAUCGAACCCCACGCAGCACGUGGAUCCCCUGUCCAUUUUAUCACAUUUAGUUACACAACUUCUUUGAGGCUUAAUUCAACCCUGAAGAGGUGUGAUCCGAGCCCUGGUCACCGUCAAAAUCAUCAAAGUAUUGACUUGUCACUAUGGAGCAGAGUUAACCUAUUGAAAAAUAUUGCACCUUUCUGACUGUUUUUGAUGGUUGCUGUACACUUCUGUAUUCAUCUUGUUUGACUGAAAAGUCUGAGAUCACAAUUGAGAUCACACUCUCAACCUCGUUUGCCUCAAAAUCCCCAUCAACAGCCAAGAGAAGUAAAUACUACUAAUCACUUCCAAAUCUCCAGUUGCCAUGGGCUGCUCUUUCUUCAUUAAAAAUUCCCUGUGUCUCUGGUGGUCUGCCUAAACCUACCAAUAUCACCUUCUUAUCUAUAAACAUGAAGAAUAUCCUACAGUGGAACCCACCACAGGGCCUACAACGAGUGGAAGCUACUUAUUCUGUGCAGUAUUUCAUAUAUGGGCAAAAGAAAUGGCUGAAUAAAUCCGAAUGCAGAAACAUCAGUAGGACCUACUGUGAUCUCUCUGCUGAAACUUCUGACUACGAACGUCAAUAUUAUGCCAAAACUAAGGCCAUUUGGGGAACGAAUUGUUCUAAAUGGGCAGAAACUGGACGAUUCUAUCCUUUUUUAGAAACACAAAUUGGCCCACCAGAGGUUGCUUUGACUACUGAUGGAAAAUCCAUAUCUAUUGUCCUGACGGCUCCAAAGAAGUGGAAGAAAAACCCAGAAGAAAACUCCAUUUCCCUGGAACAAAUAUACUCUAAUCUGAAGUAUAAUGUGUCCGUACAUAAUACUAAAUCAAAUAGAACGUGGUCCCAGUGUGUGACAAACCGAACGCUGGUAUUCAGCGGGGUGGAGCCGGACACUCUGUACUGCGUCCUCGUGGAGUCCUUGGUCCCGGGCCCCCCUCGCCCUGCUCAGCCGUCUGAGAAGCAGUGUGUCAGUACUUUGAAAGAUCAAGCAACAACAUUGAAGGUUAAAAUCAUCUUCUGCUAUGUUUUGCCCAUAUCUGUUACUGUGUUUAUUUUUUCUGUGAUGUGCUACUCCAUGUACAGAUACACCCAUGUCGGCAAAGAGAAACACCCAGCAAAUCUGAUUUUGAUUUAUGGAAAUGAAUUUGACAGAAGAGUCUUUGUACCUGCUGAAACAAUUGUGAUUAACUUUAUCACCCUCAAUAUUUUGGAGGAUUCUAAAACUUCUCAUAAGGAUCUAAGUGUAAUGGAAAAAAGCAAUGAUGCAUCAGACCUGAAUGAGCCCAGCGAGGACCAGGAGUCCCAUCAGGAGGAAGUGGAGGUAAAAAACCUGGGCUAUGCUUCACAUGUGGUGGACAUUGUGUAUGACUCUGAGAAAAGCACCAGAGGGACCUCCUUAAGCCAGCAAGAGCCACCCAGCAGGACAAUGCCCACAGAUAAAACAGUCAUCGAGUAUGAAUGUGACAUAAGAACUAGUGACAUUUCUGUGGGGCCUGGAGAUCAGGAGUUCAAUUUGCAGGAGGAAGUGUCCCUACAAGGAAAGUUACCUGAGCUACAGGCAACUUUAGCAGACUUGGGUCCACAAACACUACCAUAUUCAUAUACCCCUCAGCUCAGAGACUUGGGCCACCUGCCGCAGGGGCAUGUGGACACAGAGGAGGGGCCCGAGGCAGAACCAUUGGCCACACUGGUCGAUUGGGACCCUCGGACUGGCAGGCUGUGUAUACCUUCAUUAUCCAUCUUUGAACAUGACUCAGAGAAAUGUAAGCAUCCUGAGUCUGAGGGACUCAAGGAGGAGGGCCUCUUAUCUAGACUCUACCAGGAUCAGGCUCCAGACAAGACCCUGGAGGAACAUGAAGCCUAUCUCAUGCAAUUCAUGGAGGAAUGGGGAUUAUAUGUACAAAUGGAAGACUAACUCUCAAACUUGCCUCUGCCAGACCUCUACUGUUACAAAACACGUGAGUGCAAACAGAUAAGUGACCGAACAAUAAAGUACCGGAGACAGAAGUUUACUCAGA